AUGGAAGACAACAAUCAAAAUAAUAAUGGCAAACUUGUUCAGCAACAGUCACCUGCUUCAACAGAAGAAACACCUGUUACACCAUCGAAUUAUAGACAACAAAUGCAAUUACUUGAAAUUAAUGGUCAAUUAUAUGCCCCAAUUGAUCAAGAUUAUCACAACAAACAAAAGAUUCACAAACAAACAAACAAAUAUGUUUACGAUGAAGCACCACCAAUGACUAUGAUGAUUCAUCAAUGCGAGAAACACAUAGCCAAUAAUAAUAAAGAUAAUAACAUUGAUUUUGUCGAUGGAAAUGAAAUAAUAACAACUGACAACGGUAGGCAUCUUCAGGAUAAGCCUGUAUCUACUCCCAAAAGAAACAUUGAUCAAUUAAAUCGAUCAAAUGAACAAAGAAAGAAGAUAAGAAAUGAAAAAGGUAACCUGCAGCAACAACCAAUGAGGAACAUAACAAAUCUAAACACAACGUCCAGCAAACAAAAUUUAAACACCUUGCAGAUAAAUGAUCGAAAAACAGCAACUCAAUUAAAUGCGGCUAAAUCUUAUGAUAUUCCAAUUGAGCAAUUAAAACGAGCCAUAGGACACAAUUUGCCGUGUUUCUUAAUUGAAUUUGAUAACAAUGUAGCUGCACGUGAUCUUCCAUCGGCAAUCAUUGCAUGCGACCUAAUCAAGGACCAUUUUUAUAAAAAUAAAGUUGAUAUUAAUAAUUUUUCUGUUGCCUCGUUUAUAGGUCAUAGACUGAAACUAGGAGUUAACAAUAUGGAGGACUACUCUACACUUAUACGUACGGAAAAAUGGCCAACAUUAAUUAAUGGAAAAAAAAUGGCAGUAAUUAAGCCGAAAUUUGUACCAGAAUGUUUCACCCUAGUAGUACGUUAUGUUCCUCAAUCGGUUACAAGUGAAAUGGUAUCGGAAGAAAUUAAACGGUCCAUUAGCUCUGCCAGCAAUUUCAAACAAAUUUUAUAUUCAUAUAGUCGCUCUAGCAAUGAUUAUAGAUUUACAGUAUCGGAUUUAACUGAAUAUGAAGGUGCCUUGAAAAUAGGUAGAUUAUGUAUUGCAAAUCGUUUCCAUCCAAUUACGAAGUAUUUACCUGCAAACAAAUUAACUUUUUGUACAAAAUGUUGGUGUAUUGGCCACCUACGACCCUCAUGCAUAUCAAAUGUAGCUAAAUGUCGAAUAUGUCUAAAAAAUUAUGAUCAUGAUCAUUUGAAAAAGUGCUCGAGCAAGCCAAUAUGCGCCAACUGUGGUCUUGACCAUCACUCUUUAGAUCCGAAAUGCAAUGUCGUUCGGAAUUAUAGACAAAAGCUUAAUGAAGAAGUUAAAAAGGCCAUCAGUGAUGGUACACUUAAUCGAAGAACAAUACAAAUGUCUCAUCAACACCAACAAUCCACUUCUGAUUUAUUUUAUGAUAGGGAUUAUCCAGCAUUACCAGGCAACAGCAACAUGAAAAUGAUUAAUAAUAGUAAUGCAAUAUGGCCAUGUGUAAACGAUCGUAUAUCAACAAAUAGCAAAACAAUGUCAACCAACACAAUCGUCUCGAUGUUAGCGAAGAUAAACAAAGAUUUUAAAACUGAAAUUGUAUCAUUAAAAGAAACAAUUCUUCAAAAACUUGACGAAAAGAUUAAUAUAAAUGCAAGCAACUUACAGCUUCACCAUGUGAGUCUAUGUACCAUCAAUUCAACAAUAGAUAAUUUACUGAAAAAGGUGAUAUGGCCAUUAGUUGAAAUUAUUCCUGAUUCAAAUGCAAAAGAAAAAAAUGAAAUUUUAACGGCCUUUCAGGAUCUUGAAAAACCUUUUAAUAUUCAUGCCGAGCAUUUGCGUAAAGACUUCAACUAUAACUUCUUACGAAAUACGCAUCAAUUAAAUUCGUUGAUUACAUCGCCAUCAAAUAUUAUGAAUAAUCAAUCACCAUUAUUAACAACAACAAAUGAUACUCCCUCCUUGAUGGAACAAUCUGACAGUUCAAGGGAAGAUAAUCAAUCAUAA